AUGGAAGCCUGCUUUCUAACCUCAAACUCCUUCACCAACACCUUAGAACUCGUCCCGUUGAUCAAAACUAGAGUUUUCUCAUAUCCCAAGAGAAUCUGUCAUGCAUUUCAGAGCAAAAGAGUUGGUAUCUCCCCUUCCAUAACAUGUUGCCAUAUGCCAUCACCAUCUGCUGAUGAGAGUCAACCUGCAACUGAAGCUGACUGGAGGUCAUUUAGAGCAAGACUAGUUGCCAAUGAACAGGCACUGAGGCCCAUUGACCCUUCCUCAACAAUAGACCCCGAUGCUGUUGUGGAUCAGCAGCAGCCACCACAAAUCACGAUUGGGGACAAAUGGGCUCAUACCAUCCAUGAGCCUGAAAAGGGUUGCCUCCUGAUUGCCACAGAAAAGCUUGAUGGGGUUCACAUUUUCGAACGAACGGUCAUCCUUCUCUUAUCAAAUGGGCCUGUGGGCCCAUACGGCAUCAUCCUCAACCGGCCGUCCCUUAUGUCAAUCAAGGAAAUGAGAUCGCCGGUGCUUGAUGUGGCAGGGACGUUCUCCGAGAGGCCAUUGUUCUUUGGGGGGCCAUUAGAGGAAGGGUUGUUUCUAGUGAGUCCGGAAAGGGGUUAUGAUAAUGAUAGGGUGGCCAAGAGUGGGGUUUUUGAGGAAGUGAUGAAAGGAGUGUACUAUGGGACCAAAGAAACUGCUGGCUGUGCAGCUGAAAUGGUUAAGAGAAAUGUAGUUGGGCUAGGGGAUUUUAGGUUCUUUCAUGGAUAUUGUGGUUGGGAGAAAGAGCAAUUGAAAGAAGAAAUACAAGCUGGUUAUUGGACUGUAGCAGCUUGUAGCCCAACUGUCUUUGGUCUUAAUAAAGAAGGGACUCUUGGGCUUUGGGAGGAGGUUCUCUGGCUUACGGGCCCAAAAAAAGUCUGGUGA